GCGGUUCGGGACCGACGCAUUUUCACGAGAUAAAUAUAGAUUUUUUAUUUUUCACAAAGGACAAUGCUUUAGUGUUCACAAUUAGUGUUCAGAAAAACAGUUUAUAUUUCGUCUUUAUACUGUGUGUUGUGGUUGCUUCAUAAAGGCUAUCUUUGACCCCAGUUAAUGUAAAUAGCCUUUAUUAAGCAUUCAUAUUUAAUGAAGAUGUAAAUAAAACUUUUAAAAUACAUGACGUUGAUUCAAGUGCUAAAGACUGAUAAAGCUUGAAAUGAUACAGCCGAGCUGAAACAAGCGCUAUGAUCGCUUCUAGCGAACUCUCGCCAACAUGGCCGACGAAGAAGAAAAACUGCCGAUACCUCCCACAUUCCUUGAGAAACUUCUCUUCUACACAACAGCAACUUUCGUCCUUCUCGCAAUCUUCAGUCUCUUUGCCUUCCUUUUUUUAGUACCAUUCGUGAUAGAACCAGCAUUUACAACUAUAUUUAUGCAGUUUGAUCCUGUCGCAGCAUUGUGUGUAACAACGGAGGUUAAACAGUUGCUAGGCGUGAGUAACUGCUCAUGGGCAUCAUGCAGAGAAGGCUGCACUAAAGAUCUUUUCGAGUGUACACAAAUCAGAGUAAACUAUAAACUCGGAUACGAACCCAAUAUAUCAGCAACUGAAUACGAGGAGCUUAUCAGAGCUGAAAGAUCUCUACGAAAAGAUUACGAAUACGAAAAUUACGAGUCACCAAUAGAUAAACUAGAUCUAGAUAUGGAACAACAGGAAUUAGAAGAUAUAGCACCUACUGGUCUGCAAGGUGAAGAUUCGGAAUGGUACUUUACAGGAGCAAGACUAUUUCCAAAUGUUAAAGGAUGCGGAUAUCCACCGAUUUUGAACUGUACAGUAUUCUAUGGAAAGUAUAAGCCAAUUGGAAAUAAUUAUACGUGCUACUAUAGCCGAAUUGAUCCUGGAUUAGUGAUCACAGAAUUAGAUAUGUGGCAGAACACGCUCAAUUUAGUUUACGCCAUGGCUAUACCGAUUCCAUCCUUUAUCAUUUCGGUGAUAUACUUAACAUUUGCGUAUUUCAAAAUAUAUAAUACUGAAGAUGAAUCCGAACAAGCGCCAUUACAGAGUGAUGCGGAAGCAAUGGCUACAGGAGAUGAUGGGAAGCCGACUACUCCCGGUUCGGACACCUUUAGAGAAGAUCUAGCAUGUUUUGGUCAUCAAUUGAAGUUACAACUGGCUAAUGAGAAGCCAAAAGAUGGAUUUGAAUCAAAUAGUCCUCCAAUUUCAAAUUCUGCUUCAUUGUCUGGGACCAAAUCAUCUUUCGUGAACGCCUAAUGAAAGUCACCAAGAUGACAGGGCUCCUGAAGAGGCUUCGGGUAUAAAGUAUACCAUGAAUCGACGUGAAAAGACGAAUCUCAUCACCUGACCACGAUCAUGCUUUCACGGUCACAUUUCACGAGAUCGCUUGCUGCUUUCCGAGAAGAAAUCAAGUGAAGUGACAAUUUAAAAUGUGUUGUGAAAUUGUUAAUUUUUCGUGACAGCAAAAUUUACGAUAAUGAAAAUGGAAACAUUUAGGAGCCGCAUGAUUUUUUUUUCUUUAAUAAACAAGAACGUAAGAUAAAUGUAUUGCAAUUUGGUAAUAAUGCAGAGACAUAUUUGACGAACGAUAGCGCAAUUCUGAGCAUGUUGUCACGAAUGCAGUUAAUUUAGUUCUAAGUUCUAAUUAAGUUUACAUGGCGCUUAUGUACAGAUUAUUUAAAAUUAUGCUGUGUUUAUGAAAUGCACGCAUAACACAUACACAAAUUGUUUCAGAAAUUUUAAUUAUGUUUCUUUGUAUAAUGAAUGAUUUAAAAGCUAAGGGUACUCGACAACAAUACUAAGCUAGUACACAAAUAUUUUGUACAAAUCAUAUACCAUGUAAUGAAUCGAUUCAAAAAAUCGUCCCUGCCUACGAGUAUCGAUUUUCCGUCCCAUGCUUUUUAAAAAUUCAACGAUACUUAAUGUCCAUAGCAACCCGAAUCGACUAUCUAAUUAAGGCUUUUGACCCAAACUUUAUAUAAUUUCUUAAAAGCUUCCUAAUGCUAUUUUCCGUCUAAAAUGCUCAAUAUUACAUUUUCAAAAGUUAAAACUAUACAGUCCCGAUUUCGCAAACUAUUUAUAUAAGAUCUUUCGAAUCGAUCAGAAGUUUAUGCUAAAAUUAAUUGCAAAUAAUUAUAUUAUUAAAAUGCUUAUUUAGCCUUAGACCUUUCGUUUUCUAUAAUAAUAUAAGAUUCACUGAUAUAACUUAAUUCAUGUCCAUACUACAGUUAAAAUGAGUUUUAUUAUUUUUGUGUAGUUUGAAAUAAUAAUUGUAUAUAGCAUUUUCUAUCAAACUUAUUCUAUGAAAAAAAAAGUUUUAGUUUUUAAUGCUCUUUUCACAUGUGCUACUAUAUGAAUAAUAGUGCUUCAAAUGUAUAACAUACUAUUGCCUUAAAUUUGUAAAACAAAUAGAAUUUAAUGCUAUGAAACUGUGAUCUAAAUAUUAAAACAUACCAUUAACGAAAUGACCUAGAAAUGCGGAAUUUUCGUGAUGAAAACAUAAUACUAUAAUUGAAUAUUCUAGCUCGAAAGUAAAUUGCAAACGUUCACAUAUUUUUAUAAAAAAAAUCUUGAUCACAAUAAUAAUAGCAUUGUUCUAUUUGUUGUACUAAAGAGGCUAAACUUAUAAUAAAGGCUUAUGUACAUUGCAAAUAAACUUAAAUCGCCACUAUUCGAAAACUUAGUAAUAAGUAUGCAAUGUUAUUAUUAUUUUUUACUGUUAUAUAUACCUCUAUGUAGUUUAUAUAGAGUUCAUAAAUAUAUUCAUAAUUUGGAAUAAAUUAUUGUUCGAUAAGAAAUUGGUAACAAUAUUUAAUUCACGAUCUAAGAAUUUUGGCAAAUAUAAUUUGGAUAUUCGUGUAUUAGGGAAAUAAAUGUUGAUAUUUAUAGAUGAUUUAAAUAAAAAAUAAUUAUAAGAACGCUUAGACUGUGAACUAAUAAUAUUAAAAUUAGAUUAUCGCAAAAAACCCACGCGCACAUUUAGAUUAUAAUAUUACAGGAUGAGACUUGUAAAAAACCUAAGAUUUACAAACACAGAUUAUUUUCAUCUCCCUUUUUAUGCAUAAUCUAUAUAAUUUUAAAAGCUGGUUUUUAUAAUAAGAUAUGUAUUGAUCUCCCAAUAAAUAAAUCUCCUCGACCUCAGAACACAUUAAAGACAUAAAAUCCGUAGGUACAAAAAAAAUCGAUGACUAAACUGAUAAAAUUUUGUUAAAACUUAAUCUCUGUUAACAAAAAGACAAACCAAAAGCUUUAAAUUGGAACUCAUAUGGAGUGGCAUCCUUUGGCACGCGGGCUAGUUUGUCAUCUUUACAAGUCUCACCCUUCCAAAUGCAAUUAUUUAAUAAAACCAAUUAAAUAUUUACGCUUCUUUAACUUUACGAUUAACUUAUAACUAAGAUAUUUUAAAGUGAUUUUUGUCACACUUGAUACGUAAUCAAGAAAUCAAAAAGCAAUGACAUUAUAUCAAAUAGUAAUCGUCAAUUUAAGUUUAUUAAAUAUAUUUUGGUUGUGUAUUACUAAGCAUAUUUUUUCUAAUUAACAUUUUUGUAAACUUUAAACUCUCAUUAAUAAUGUACAUAAUUAUGUGAAAGUUCGAUUGCUGUUGUCCUUAAAUCACUAUUAUUAAUAUUUUUAAUGUUCCUUUAUAACUCUUUGCUUCUAUGUGAUAUUGCUUAUGUGAUGAAUAAAAUUAAUGUUAUUAUGAAAACAAACAAAGCUAUGCCCCUAACACUUGUAAUUAAAUUAAACAUAUUUAGCAUUAUUUUGAAAGAAAACCACAAACACUGCCAAGAAGUGGUCACGCUUUCGAAUCCUGUCCAUAUAAAUAAGAACAAAAUCUAUAAAAUACGCGCUCAUACAAAUAAUACUUCUGUUUUAAAAUUUAGAGCAAACCUUUAUUUUAUUUUCUGUGAUCAUCAAAACUCUAUAAUAUUCAUAUAGAACUAAAUAAAUAAUGUAAUUAAUUAACAUAAUCCUUUCAGAGAUUUAGGUAUUCUAAGUUUUUUUUUAAUUAUUUACUCUACAUCCCUGUCAUCGUGUCCAGGGACUUUUUCUAUCUCACAAAAUUAUACAUUUCAUUGCUUCCAAGGUAUUCCAAGUUAUAGAAUGCAAGAAUUGCACAGUUGCAAUUCAUUCAAGCUACAAUUAGCUUACAAUUUACUCAUUUAAAUAACUAUCCUCUAUAAAGAGGUAGAACAAAAACAUUAGUAUAUAAGAUCAAUAAAAAACUGAUUAAUUAGCUUUGAAAGCGUGCGUAAUCAAUGGUUGUAAUUUGUGUUGCAAUAACUUUCCUAAUGAAUUAAUGUGCCUAAAAAGGACACCAAACGCAUAUGCUAAAUUUGCUAAUGUAUAUAAACGGUAGAGGGCACAAGUUAAUUUAAGCCUUAUAUGUGUUAAGCAAUUAAAGUCCUAUGACAUUGUAAUGUCUGCAAUUCCAAACAUUUGGAGCGUAAACACGUUUCUGAUUUAAGCAAUUGAAAACCUGAAAUGUAAAUGUUAUUUUUAUUGUAAUUGUGGCAUUAUGGCUGUUGUAAUAAUAAGUAUUUUAAUUGACUUUACAAGCACGCUUAGCUACAUCCGCUUUAUUAACUUAUUUAGAUAAUAUUGAUAUUGUUUCAAUAAAAUGAGCUAUUUGAAUGAUUAUGUAUAGUAUCAUCGAGUUAUAAGCCUCUUAUUUAUUCGCUUUGUUCCGACCGAAGAAGACGACCUGUGCUUAUAGAAAAUAUAUAUGUCCAAGAAUUAAAAUUAUGACAAGACUAAAUUUAAUAACAUGCGUGAGAAUUUUUUUCAGAUUCGUGUGUAUGAAAUCUAGCUCAUUUUAUUGUUAUAAUUAUUUCGCUGGCGAAACUUAUUUUUAAACUGUUGCCUUAAUAAAUCGUUUUGUAUUAUAUAAUAUAAAUCUAGUAGUAAAUAUAACAUUUAUUGGCUUCAAAUAAAGAGUUUUAUUUAUUCAUGUUGACCUUUUCGUGUCGUUC